CUUUUUCUUUUCUGAAAUGAAAAGGCAAAGUCAUCGCGGAGUCGGCUACUCCUUCCCUCUGCUGAAUCAGAGUUAGAAUCUCUCGUUUCCUUUUCCUCUCUUAACCAAAAUCUCUCCUUUCUCCUCUUUUCAAUUGCCUCCACCGCCGGCCUUCCGCCGCCUUCCGUCACCGUCGUUGGUGGUGGUGGCUAAAUUAAACUUACUUUACUGGUAGAGAUUGAGAGAGAACCAAACCCAAAAGAAAACCCUAGAACAACAAAAUUUGCUGUCCUCUUCAUCGCAAAAAGAUUUUUUUUUCCUGAUAAAUGCUCUGAAUCUUCCUCUUUACGUCUCUUGAUUUUUAAUUUUAUUUUUGCUAUACUUACUCAUGCCAGCCGAUUUAGAGAAUUCCUCGUCGGCUUCCGGCGAACCUACUGUUUCCUCCCCUGGAAACACCGCUCCGCCGCCCAAAUCCGCAGUUAAGAAAAAACGAAAUCUACCUGGAAUGCCAGAUCCGGAUGCGGAAGUGAUUGCUUUGUCUCCGAAGACCCUUUUGGCCACAAAUCGAUUUGUUUGCGAGAUUUGCAACAAAGGGUUUCAGAGGGAUCAGAAUCUGCAGCUUCAUCGGCGAGGUCACAAUCUUCCAUGGAAGCUUCGGCAAAGGUCCAGUAAUGAGGUGAAGAAGAAGGUCUAUGUUUGCCCUGAGACUUCUUGUGUUCAUCACGAUCCUUCUAGAGCUCUGGGUGAUCUGACUGGGAUUAAGAAGCACUUUUGCAGAAAGCAUGGGGAGAAGAAGUGGAAAUGCGAUAAGUGUUCGAAGAAAUACGCUGUUCAGUCUGAUUGGAAAGCCCAUUCCAAAAUUUGUGGUACUAGAGAGUAUAAAUGCGAUUGUGGUACCCUGUUCUCCAGGAGGGAUAGCUUCAUUACGCAUAGAGCUUUCUGUGAUGCAUUGGCAGAGGAAAGUGCAAAAGCGCAGCCUCAGUCGUUGGUGGACAAACCGGUUUCUGAUUCUUCUCAGAAAGCGGUGGAGCCAAAUCCGAAGCAAUCUCCUCCGCCGUCGCCUCCGGCGGCUGCAUCUCCUCCACAGUCAGCUUGUGUUCUAUCUCCUGUCUUGCCGAUUCAAAGUCAAGAACGAUCAGAGAAUCCACCCCAAUAUAACGAAGAAGCACCUGUUACGACAGGUAUGAGUGGUAGCUGUAGCAGCAGCAAGAGCCCGAGCAGCAACAGCAGUUCAAGUAGCCGAUUUGCUAGCUUGUUUGCUUCCACCACUACAUCAAUAAGCCUGCAGCCUCCUCAACCCCCAGUGUUUACUGACUUGAUACAUGCUAUGGCUUGUUCAGAUCGCUCAUCUGACUAUGCUCCAACGACGUCCACCGAGCCUAUUUCACUAUGUCUUUCAACUAGCCAUGGGGCAUCAAUUUUUGGGGCUGCUAGCCAAGACCUCCGGCAGUACACACCAACUCCACAACCUGCAAUGUCCGCCACUGCUUUACUACAAAAGGCUGCUCAAAUGGGAGCAGCAGCAUCAAAUGCCUCGUUGCUUCGCGGGUUAGGCUUAGUACCGUCCUCCUCUUCGGCUGCGCCACAAGAGAGCCUGCCAUGGAAUCAGAGGCAAGUCGAACCAGAUGGAAUCUCAAUUGCUGCAGGGCUCGGACUCGGACUCCCUUGUGAUGGAAACUCUGGAUUGAAAGAACUAAUGAGAGGCAAUCAUUCGAUAUUUGCUCCAAAACACACUACCCUCGACUUCCUCGGACUGGGGAUGGCAGCUGGUGGCAGCCCCAACAGCGGCUUGGCUGCACUAAUCACAUCGAUUGGUGGAGGCAUGGACGUGAGCACAACAACUGGAUCCUACGGAGCUGGUGACAUAUCCAGCAAAGACAUGAACAGAAACAAUUAAAAGGGGUUGGAAUGGAAAAAAGCAAGGUGUAAUAAUUUUGAACUUCUUUAGUUUUUUUGGGGUUGCCUUCCAUUAUUAAGAUGGCAGUGAAGGUAGAUGUAAAGUUGUAAUUUGAGAAAGCAUGUUUCCAUUAUUGAAAGGAACAUAAGAAGUUAUUACACA